AUGGUCAAGAGCACGAGCCGCACUCGAUCGCCCAGAAUCUUCCGAAAGGACCUUGAGCAACCUCGCGCCAACAACUACAGCCAAGAGGGGCGUAGCGCUCCCAGUCAACAGGGCUCCUCCCACCCCACGGAAACACAGGGCGGGGCAGAUGUAGGCGCCGCGACUACCAGCCAGAUCCAACAGCGGGCUUUCCCGAGCCCCGCCUCACUUGCCAAGGAGGCGGAAACUCGGGGAGAGGGGCGGCCAAGGGGAGUGGCAUGGCCGCUCCGCACGGCCUCUCCGGCCAACCGGAUCCCGAGAAGGCGGAGGAACUCGGACUUCACGCCCCCUUCCCUGCCUCGCCCUGAAAGCACACGCGGGAGACCCCCUACCCGUCCCCCACCUCAGCAGGCCAGAGCGCGGCCCCCCGCCCGAGGCCCCGCCCACCUCAGGCGGACAGGGGGUGGUCUGCGGCAAACAGCACUUAGCGCGAGGCCGGCCCCGCCUCUUCCUCCACAAUCGCACGCGCGCGCCGGCCCCGCCCCUGAGCGGCGGCGCGAGAGCCCGCCCCCUCCGCGCGCACCGGGACUACGCUCUCCUCCCCCUCCCGCACCGAGAGCUACCCCGCUCCGCCCCCCCCCCCCCCUCACACAUCCACACACCUCCCGCCCGCCUUCUCUACGGGAAGCCGGGGAGGUCAGCCCCCCUAAAAACACACACCCUCGAGUCCGGCGUUACCCGCCACCUAAACUCUCCCCCCACCCCCGACCCCUGGCCAGCGUGCUCUCACCGCAAAGCUGCUUCAGCCGCUCGUCACUGUGUGUCCCUCUCAGCGUGAGCCUCGGGCUCAGCAGGGAGGCCCUGAGAACGGCGCGGGGCGCAGGCCCGCCGAAGCGGACUGGCAGCCUCCUCUCCACUAAGAAGCGGCCACAGACCCCGAGGGAAGACUCAACUUCGUCCCGCCACAGGCCGCAGCAUCCGCCCGUCAAAGAUUCAGCCAAUCGCUACGCCCCGUCUGCUGACUCCCCGCCCCUUCCCACCGGCCCAACAAGUCGGCUCCCGCCCCCGCCGGUCAUAGCAUUGGAAGGCGGCUAUCCCGGGCUCUCCCACCGCCCCAAGAAGAGAGGCGGAUGUGUCUCGAACUGGCAGGCCACAGGGAAUCUGUUCCUAGGUCCUCCUACCCUGUCCUCCCUCCUCAAUCCAGCAGAGACGGCCAGAAACGAGCGCUGGCAACAGGUGGGCCUGACUCCAAGGAUGGUUCAGAGCCGCGAGGCCACGGCAGCGAAUUGUGAACUCCACAAGACUGGAUGCCGCAAGUCCUCCCAGCUGGACAAGGAGAACCACAUCGAACCCAAGCCAGAAGUGGACUGCCUCUGCCGGCGUCGCCCCGCCCGACCCCUGCAGUUCGCGCCCGCUUCCCGGCUCGCAGCCUGCCGGAGGCCGCCAUCCCGACUGACAGGCGCGCUCCUCGCGCCCCUCCCCGACCGCUGA